AUGGUUUUAACUUGCCGAUUUUAUUCAGAAAAAUUCCCAGAUUUAGAUGAACCAGUAAUGGUCAAUGUACGUAGAAUAGCUGAAAUGGGUGCCUAUGUUACUUUAUUGGAGUACAAUAAUAUAGAAGGCAUGAUUCUUCUGUCUGAACUUUCUCGACGUCGUAUUCGUUCUGUUAACAAACUUAUUCGUAUUGGACGUUCAGAGUGUGUUGUUGUCAUUCGUGUUGACAAAGACAAAGGUUACAUUGAUUUAUCGAAACGUCGUGUUUAUGCCAAAGAUCUUCUUCAAUGCGAAGAAAGAUACUCUAAGGCUAAAGCUGUUAAUUCAAUUCUUAGACAUGUUGCUGAACAACUUGGUUAUGAAACUGAUGAACAAUUAGAAGAUUUAUAUACAAGAACUGCUUGGUAUUUUGACGAUAAGUUAAAGAAAAAAGCAGCUUCUCAUGGUAUUUUCAAGAAAGCUAUUUCAGAUCCAACAGUUUUUGAUGAAUGUGAUGUUACUGAAGAGGAAAAGAAUAAACUUCUUGAUGAAAUUAGAAAAAAACUUACCCCACAAGCAGUUAAGAUUCGUUCAGAUAUUGAAGUUUCUUGCUUUGCUUAUGCUGGAAUUGAAGCUGUCAAAGCAGCACUUCUUGAAGGUUUGAAACAUUCUAAUGACAAAAUUAACAUAAAAAUAAAUUUAAUUGCUGCACCGAGUUUUGUUGUAACAUGUCAAACUCUUGAUAAAGAAGAGGGACUUAAUGCUGUUAAUGAUUGUCUGGAGUCUAUUAAGAAAAAGAUUGAAGAAAUGCAAGGAAGUUUUAAACUUGUUAUGGCUCCAAAGAUUGUAACAGAUCUCGAUGAAGAUGAAAUAAAGAAGAAAUUAGAAGCUUUGGAACUUGAGGAAGAUGACAAUGAAAGUGAACCCGAUGAUGAUGGUCUUGUAGCACCAGAAGGAUUGGAUAGAGCUGCUGACCUUCAAGAUGCCAGGGAUAAAUUGAGUGGAAAGAAAGUUGCCCAGGAAGAUGACAGUGAUUAA